UGGGCGGACUGAACUUACAGCGAAAGCAACACUGAGCGUGUUCCAGCCGGGAGGGAGAGAGAGACGGGGAGAUCUACUCAACUCACACACCAGCCCUUCAAUAUGCCUGGCGGCCUUCGCGGGGGGAUUUAAGAGAUUUCGGAGUGUCCGAAGCCCGGAGUUGGGGGGAGGACCGUCGAGAAUGAAGACUCCUCCGGAACCAGGCUUUGCGUUUCCGGACUGGGCCUACAAGCCGGAGUCGAGCCCCGGGUCACGGCAGAUCCAGCUCUGGCACUUCAUUCUGGAGCUGCUGCGGAAGGAGGAGUACCACGACGUGAUCGCCUGGCAGGGCGACUACGGCGAGUUUGUCAUCAAGGACCCCGACGAGGUGGCCCGGCUGUGGGGUGUUCGCAAGUGCAAGCCCCAGAUGAACUACGACAAGCUGAGCCGGGCCCUGAGGUAUUACUACAACAAGCGCAUCCUCCACAAGACCAAAGGCAAGAGGUUCACCUACAAGUUCAACUUCAACAAGCUGGUCCUCGUUAACUACCCCUUCAUCGACAUGGGUGCCCCUGUUCCCCAGAGUGCGCCUCCUGUCCCCUCCGCCGCCUCCCAUUUCCGCUUCCCGCCAGCCGCGCCACCCGAGGUGCUGUCGCCCUCCGAGGAGCUGCGCUCGCCCACCUCCUACACGGCCGUGGCCCGCCGCCUGGCCCGCGGCUCUGUCAGCGACUGCAGCGACGGCGCCUCCGCCACCUCGGAAGUGGAGGAGGCUUCUGCCACCGAGGAGCGCCGGGCCGGCGAGAUGAACGGCUUCCGGCCCGCGGGCGGAGGCGGCGGCGGAGGAGGAGGCCCCCCGGCACCUCACGGCAUCUUCCGCCUCUACCCCAGACACCGCCUGCACCCGGAGGCGCUCAGCCCCUUCCCCGUGUCACCCAUGGGCCCGGCUGCCUCGUUACUGGCCCCCCCGCUCUCCCCGGCCCUCUCCGUCACCCCUACCCACCUCAGCUACACCCCUUCGCCCAGCCUCAGCCCCAUGUACCCCGGCGCCAGCCAUUUCUCCUUCAGCCCGGAGGACAUGAAGCGUUAUCUGCAGGCCCAUGCCCAGAGUGUCUACAACUACCACCUGAGCCCCCGCGCCUUCCUCCACUACCCGCCCGCCACCGUGGUGGUGCCCCAGCCCCAGAGGCCCGAGGGUAAGGCCACCCACCCCCUCGGCCCUCCGGCCCCGCUCCCCUCCUCCCUGGGCCCCGAGGAGCCACCUGCCACCUUCCAGUUCAAGCUGCAGCCCCCUCCGCCGGGCCGGCGCCAACGAGAGAAGGCCCCCCUGCCCCCCCAGACCCAGUCCCAGGCACGGCCCGACGAUGGCAGCAGCGGCGGCGGCGGAGAGGGCCAAGAGGACGCCGCUGCCGCGUGCGGUGGGCCCCUGCCCCGGAUCAAGGUGGAGCCCAUCUCUGACGAGGAGGAGGAGGAGGACGUGACAGUGGAAGUGACGGACAUCAGCGAGGAGGAGGAGGAGGAGGACGUCUUCAAGACGCCAACAGCCUUGGAGACGGCUGCCACCGCCCCGCCCGCAGCUCCUUCUGCCCCGGCUAAGCCGCGCUCUCCAGCCCCGUCCCGGGACGGCGCCAGGGCCGCCUCGCAGUGCAUGCCCCUCAAGCUGCGUUUCAAGAGGCGCUGGAGUGAGGGCGGGCCGCUGGAGGCCUCCUCUGCCUCCUCCACUUCCUCCUCCGAGGAGACGGACAAGAAGCCGAGGCCCGAAGAGCCGUCCCCCGGCCCCGGCGGUGGGGUACGGCGGGAGAGCACCGAUCUGCAGCGGGCCACUGCCGAGCUCUCACUGGAAAACAAGGAGUUGUGAUGGUGGCGCCUCCUGCCCACCCCUCUGUCCCCCUCCGCAUCCUCACACACUCUCUGUCUCUCUCUCUCUCUUCCUCUCUCUCUCCCUCUCCCCCCCACCGUCCGUUCCCUCCCAUCCUCCGCCCCUGAGCCCUCCCCUCCCCAAAAGCCAUGAUCAAUCGCCUUCACUUGACACCUCCUGGGUGCCUUAAAUCCUUGCGUGCCUCUUCACAGGCCCUCACGCACCAAUAUUUUGUUUUUUUUUUGUUCUUAAUUUGAGGGAAACGGUGUAUUUUUUUAUCUGUAAAAUGAAAUCAAAAUCAAAAAUUCAAAAAAAAAGAAUUGUUUACUGGCUUUUUAAAAUAAUAAUAACUUUUAUUUUCUCUCGGGAGGGUGUGGGUUGGGGACUAGAUCUCUCUUAGGCCCCUUUCUCACUACCUCCUUUUUUUGGACACGUCCUUCAUCCUAGACCCAGACCUCAUGAGGUGACUCCUUGUUUGGGUAGAAGGGGGAAGAGUGUAAAAAAUUGGCCACGCUUGUGUUUAUAAAGCUCUCCUCUCCUCCCUGAGGCCUAAGUUAAUGGGUUUGUGGCCUUUGAGCUCCCACUCCCCUAGCAGAAGGGUGGGCGAACCUGUCUUUGGGGCGAUUACACCCAGGUAUCUGGCCCAGUCUGGCCUUUUGAUGCCAGCCAUGCAGUUAGGACUCCGAAUCGCUAUUCCCACGGACCGCUGGGGUCGGUCCUCUGGGUCCAUUUCUUCCUGGGCGAGGCAGGGUGGCAUUGGUGGGAUGGAGUGGCGGGGUGGCUGAUUGGGUUUUUAAUCUAGAAAUGUUUUAAAUUCUAUUUAUAAAACCAAACAUUUUACUACAUUGGUAGG